UCAAGGAGAGAGACGCAACUUUUUAGGAAAGAAGAUGCGGAUCCUUCGUCGACAGAAUCGACAAGGAAUCCUCCUUUCUUCUUUCCUUCCUUGCUUUGAUUCUCAGUCGGGGACUCGAUGAGACAGGAAAAUUCGAGACAAGUGCGCCUACACAUCUGUGAAAUCUCUCUAGUGAACCUGCUGGAAAUUCAGUGGAGACAUUGCAUUCAUAAAGAAAGAAACCCGUUAAAGGAAAAUCCACUGAGAUUUUUUCUUAACACAAGACUAUUUUGACGGAGCAUCCUUCACGGUAAGAAAACUAAAAAUAACAUAUUUUGUCUAAUGACGAAUAAUUCCAACUAAAGAAAAUUAGCAUUAAUGACAAUAACAAUGUAUUAUAAGUUGGACCAGCCGUUGGAGUCAUUUCCACUCCAUUAAUCGAGAUUUUUAGCUUGAACCAAUCCAGUAAUUUCGAAAGUCCAAUGAAAGCUUACAUCAAAACUGUUUCUGUUACCUUUAAGCGCCCGCUUCUGACAAAAAUGGAAUCACAAAAUAAAGAGUCUCCACGAUUUGCGUUAUCGUGUUGUCAUGAACAGUGAAAGGAAAAGGGAACAAAAAGAAAACGGAAAUUUGAGUCACUUCUUAGACCUUUGAUCUUCACAUAUGGCCCAGUAUGAGAAUUAUGUUUAUUAUUAAAAGGUUUAAUCGACUGCAAGAUUGAGCGGUCAGUCAGUUUAUGAAUUCCUCUUUACUUCUUUUUAAACGUUUUGCCAACGUUAAACGGCUUUGUAUUCUUUGCAGAAAACUUAGCAGCUGUAUUCAUGUUAUUUAUUUAGACUUGGAGCGAACAUCAGCAUACCUUGGUUUCCUUCACCACUAAACGACUUGUAGUCUACUCAAGGACGCUUGUUAAGGUGGAGAAACUCGGCACAGGUAAAUCUCAACAUGUCUCUCAGGAGCCAGCGGUCUAAAGACGACCCCGCCUACUGCAUCAAAGUCAUUCUGCUGGGAGACCUCGGGGUGGGAAAAACCACCUUCAUGCGCACUUACACCCGGGCAAGACCUCAGCCACCAACUCUGUACCAAGGCAGCAACAUCCCACAUUACCCAGCCUCCAUGAAGAAGACCUUCAACUAUCAGGGAAAGAAGGUCGAGAUAGUCCUCUGGGACACUGCAGGACAAGAGCGGUACCGCAGCCUCACAGCCUCCCACUACCGCGGGGCGCAUGCCUGCAUCAUCAUGUAUGAUGUCAGCAGCGAGGACUCCUUCAACCACCUGCCUAUCUGGCUGGAAUCUGUGCACGAGUACUGCCCGGGGGCUAACGACCGCACAGUACUGGUUGGCAGCUGGAAGGGCUCAAGUUCCUCCCGCCGCAAGGUGGAGUUGGAGCGGGUACUGGGCUUCGCCGCCCACUACCGUCUGCCGCACUUCGAAGUGGACAGCACAGCCAACCCCAACACCGUCGACACUGUGCUGGAUAACGUGGUGCGCCUGGUGCUGACGGAAGCCAACGAGAACCGCCAGCUGUCGGACUCCAUCAAACCGCAAGGCACCAGGCUGGCGCCGCACAAGACAGAGUUCAAGUGUUCUGCGUGUUGCCACUCGUGAACUUUGGCUUCAUCGCGGCCUUUGCCCUCUAUUUAGGCUCAUGGCAGGGGACCAUGGACAAAGACAGUGAAGAAGUGACCAUUUAAACGAAUCACACAUUUCCUUGUGCUGUUGUCUUAUGAACAACCUGAAUGUCAGACAAGCACCCAGUCGAAACAGUCGAGAGAAGUGGUGGUGGUGUGUGUGGGGGAAGUGGGGUCACUGAGAUGAGCAGGCAGUGUUCGGCAAGUAACCCAUGAUAUUUAGAAAAUAAUAGUAAUCAACAGUAUUCAACGGACAAGUUCAUACCAACAGCUGGUGGCAGAGGAUGGGAUGGGUAUAGUUACCAAAGCCACCUGCAGCACCUCUGAGCUCAGUGCAUUUGCCCUGUUACCUGUUGUCACAUUUCAGCUGUCGUUUGUCUGCAAGCAAACAGUUAAUCCCCUUCCUACCUGCAAUCUAUUCACUCAUAUUGUCACGGAGUCCUCAGAACAAUAUACCCCCACCAUUCUGGACCAGAAGGUACCAUGACUACAACCUGCUUUCAGAACUGUAUAAAACCACAAUUUAAUGUUUAAAAAAGCUAUCAAUUUUAAUCCUUUCAGGAAGGCAGGUGAGAUUCAAGCACACAGCCUUGUCUGCGAUUAUGCCAGACAUGGAAUAAGAACUGAAAUAUGUUGACAUCGUCCUCUGUGAAAUCCUCUUUAUCAUCUAUCAAAACAUUUAGAUUCAUUGCAGAUGUAAUGGCUACCACUGAAUUUUAACAGUCUUCCAUUCAGUGGUGCUGCUGGACUUACUGGAAGCAUUAAUGAGGGUGGGCUGGCCAACCUCCACAAGAUAACUGUUGAUUUCAUGAACCCUAUAAUGACCAUGUAGUGACCCCAAGGGUUUGAUUUUGGUGAAAUGUGCAGUAACUGUUGGUGGGUCUUUUCAAGCGUAAAGCAUGAUGCUGAACGAUACUCCAGAUGAGGAUAGGCUCCAAUAGAGCAUUUCUUUCCCUCCUCCUCCAUCCUCAUGCAUGGUUUCUAAGAUGCUCACUUUCUCUCUGACCCUGAUUCAUCUUUCCGGAUGUGUUGUUUCCAGGUUUGUUAAAGUUUUAUAAUAUUUGUUCAAAGGUGAUAACCACUGUCUUUCUUAUACAUCAUCAAUGCUCAUGGGUUUGACGGGAUUUUUUGGUGGGGGAAGGGGAAGAUGAUAAGGCAAAGAGUGGUGUUGGGAACUUCUCCCUACUGGUGGUGACUAACAAUCUACAACCCACACCUAUGCUUAACAAACUGUUCCUUCUGUGCUAGAUUCUUUGCAACACAUGACCAGUUCAUCUAUUUAAAAUGAAGUAUUGCUUUCUCUGGUGAGAGUUGGAAGAUGGCUGGUGCAGGCACACUCUCUCAGAGUGACAUUUUUCAUCAAAGCGAUACUUUCUUGCCUUGUUAGUAGCAUUCAUGAACAACUGUGAUAUGAAUUUCUUAUUAAUGUUUUCAUGUCUUAUUCUGAUUUAAAUUAAAAGCAGGUUUGGUGCUAGUAAUCCACAACAAAUAAAAGUUUAAAAAUUUUCCCCAUGCUUUCUUCCUGUGAACCCUGCUGUCAAUAUUUCUCUAUGUGCCAUGUAUCAGUGUGUAUGUGUGGGUAAAAAAAAAAAGAGCUGUAUACAACUUUUUGUAUUCACAUGUUUACAUUGUAUUGAAACGUUUUUCCCAAACUCCUGCAUUUUUAAAACAAAAAAAUGCCUACUUCAGCGGUUCUCAACCUUUUACUUGUGACACCCCCCCCUGACGAACAAAGGUACGUCCGCGCGCCCCCCUUAGCCAGCAAUGUAAGCUAAUUUCACUAAUACCGGUAUAAGAAACUUUAAAAAAAUGACCACCUUCGCGCCCCCCUUGUAAGCACGUCGUUGAGCACAGGUUGAGAACCGCUGGCCUACUUCCUGAUGAUGUUUUAGAUGGCAUUUUAAAAACAUAUUUGUCAUUGCCAGGUUUCUUUUUCCUACUUUUCUUAUGAUCAAAUAACUUUUGUGAAUCUAGCAGAACACAUAACAUUUACCACAGUCAGAAAAGAAAUUUUGAAAAGGCAGAUUUAUGUGGUUUGUACCAGGACUAUGUUCACUCCUUAAUGCACUUGUUUUUGUGCUCUAUGUGCACUAUGCUCAUUAAAAUAAAAAUAGAUGCAUUUUUGACAGUUACCCAAAACGCAUGGAAGUCAGAAGAAAAUCUUAUAACUGGUGACUGUUUGUUUACAUAUUUCAGGCUAUUCUUACCCUGUGAGAUAGCAUUUUCUUACAGCUUUACUAUCAUUACGGUAAUUUUAAGCAGUGCUUACUUCAUGUAAGGACUGUAUUGUUCUGAAACCUGGAGAGUGACAAACAUAAUCAACAACAAGCUCCAGACCUUUACCAACCGAUACCUACACCAUAAUCUGGGAAUAAGAUGGCCUGAAAAGAUCUUCAUCAGCAGCCUGUAGA